CGGUCAAUUUGACUGCAAUAUAUCCAAACAUGUGUCCUUUUCAUUCCCAAUAACUGGUUGAACUAAAACCACGUGUAAUCUCUGACUUCAUUUAUCAUGGGUUUCAGAGAAGUUCAAUUAUGUACUGAUAUACUCAUAGACUAGAAAACAAAACGAAAUUGAUUGGUACACAGAGUGGUGCACAUUGUAAGAGAAAGCAGAACAAUGACUUUUUUUUUCUCCUUCUUAUGUCUUCGAGAUAAUGAUAAAUGAACAGAAGUGCUUUUGUUCUUCUAUACAGGCACAAACUCAACACACUUUGAUGAUACAAUUUAAAUGGCUGUGAUUGGGAGAAAGGCCUUAACAGAAAUCAAAGAAAUAGGAAAAAUAUCAGGUCCAACAACAAUAACUGGUUUAUUGAUAUAUUCAAGAGCUAUGAUCUCAAUGAUUUUUCUUGGAUAUCUUGGUGAGAUGGAGCUUGCAGGAGGUUCACUUUCAAUAGGUUUUGCAAACAUCACUGGCUACUCAGUGAUUUCAGGCUUAGCCAUGGGAAUGGAACCAAUUUGUGGACAAGCUUAUGGAGCAAAACAAUGGAAGAUACUUGGUUUAACACUUCAAAGAACAGUUCUUCUUCUUCUUUCAACUUCAAUCCCUAUCUCAUUCAUUUGGUCCAACAUGAAAACAAUCCUUUUGUUUUCAGGUCAAGACCAAGAAAUUUCAUCCAUGGCACAAACUUUUAUACUUUACUCAAUACCUGAUCUUUUUCUUCUCUCAUUUCUUCAUCCUUUGAGAAUCUAUCUUAGGACUCAAGGAAUCACAUUGCCAUUGACUUAUUGUUCAGCUGUUUCUGUUUUGCUUCAUGUCCCUCUCAAUUUUCUUUUAGUUGUUUAUUUCGAAAUGGGGAUUGCGGGGGUGUCGAUAGCAAUGGUUUUGACUAAUUUGAACCUUGUUAUUUUGUUAUCGUCUUUUUUGUGGUUCUCUAGAGUUUAUAAAGACUCGUGGAUUUCGCCGAGCUUAGAAUGCGUUAAAGGGUGGUCCUCAUUGCUUUCGUUGGCGAUUCCUACUUGCGUUUCGGUUUGUCUCGAAUGGUGGUGGUACGAGUUCAUGAUAAUGAUGUGUGGACUUUUGAUUAACCCUAAAGCAACUAUUGCUUCAAUGGGAAUACUCAUUCAAACAACAUCUUUGGUUUAUGUUUUUCCAUCGUCACUCAGUCUCGGUGUUUCCACAAGAAUCGGGAACGAGUUAGGCGCGAAUAGGCCACAAAAAGCGAGAAUCUCAAUGAUAGUUUCUCUUUUUGUUGCUAUGGUUUUAGGACUAGGAGCAAUGCUAUUCACAACAUUGAUGAGAAACCAAUGGGGAAAAUUCUUCACAAGUGACAAAGAAAUUCUUGAACUAACAUCCAUUGUGUUACCAAUUGUUGGACUUUGUGAGCUCGGAAAUUGUCCACAAACAACGGGUUGCGGUGUUCUUAGAGGAAGCGCGAGACCGACAAUCGGUGCUAACAUAAACUUGGGAUCUUUUUACCUCGUUGGAAUGCCGGUCGCGAUCUUUUUAGGAUUUGUUGCUAAAUUGGGAUUUGCAGGGUUGUGGAUUGGGUUACUUGCAGCUCAAGGCUCAUGUGCCAUGCUUAUGUUGAUUGUUCUUUGUAGAACCGAUUGGAAUGUGGAAGUUCAAAGAGCUAAAGAACUCACAAGAGCUUCAACAAUAAAAACUACUACUUGUGAUGAUGACAAUGAUGGUAAAUUACCUACAUUUAUUGAAACUAAGAUGAACAAGAAUAAUGUUCAUGAUUGUCUUGAAGAAAUUGUUAUCACUCAUGAUGAAAAAGAUCCACUUAUCAUAACAACAACUACUACUACCAAUUACAUUGAAGAUUAGUUAAAUAGAGAGUUUCUUUUUUCUGAAUUGUAACCAUUUUUUUACCUUCAUUUUAAUGGAGCGUAUUGUAGGACAAAAUAUUCUCCUCUC